GUCUCCCUCUAGUGACGAUACAGAGAAUUUCUAUUUGUACAAUAAAUCAUUUUGUCUUAAGUUUGUCUCUGGAGAGGGACAGUUUUUACUGUACUAGUCUCCUGGAAUUGAAAAGACUGUGAAGACUGGACCGGGACACCUCUUAAAGAACAAUGGCAUGGACAUUAAGGUCACUGACUAUGCUGCUGUUUCUGGCAUAUCUACAGGCAAUAGAGGAGGAGGAUAUCAGAGCUGGCUGCAGCACUGCGGUGAAUGACCUAGUCUACAUCAUAGAUGGCUCGUGGAGCGUGGGCCACAGUGACUUCAAAAAGGCCAAGAGCUGGCUCAUCAACAUCACCAGCGGCUUCGACAUCAGCUCCCACUACUCACAGGUGGCCGUGGUGCAGUACAGCGACACCCCUCGUCUGGAGAUCCCCCUGGGGAAGCACCACGGUGGCCCGGACCUCAUCCAGGCCAUCGAGGGCAUCAGCUAUCUAGGCGGGAACACUCAGACGGGCCGUGCCAUCAAGUUCGCCGUAGAUCACGUGUUCCCGUCCUCGCAGCGCACCAGCACCGUCAAGAACCGCAUUGCGGUGGUGGUGACGGACGGAAAGUCCCAGGAUGAUGUGGUGGACGCUAGCGUGGAGGCGCGGGCGCAAGGCGUCAUUGUGUUCGCCGUGGGAGUGGGCACCGAGAUCACCACCUCAGAGCUGAUGUCCAUCGCCAACAAGCCGGGGGGGACCUACGUGUUGUAUGCCGAGGACUACGCCAACAUAGACCGAAUCCGAGACUCCAUGGAGCAGAGACUGUGUGAGGAGUCUGUGUGUCCUACGCGUAUCCCAGUGGCCUCCAGGGAUGAGAAGGGCUUUGAGUUGAUGCUGGGCAUGAAUAUCCACCAGAAGACCAAGAAGAUCCAAGGCUCUCUGGUGUCUGAGACAGCCUUCUCCUUGACCACCUCAACAGACAUCACAGAGAACACAAGGGAGAUCUUCCCCGAGGGUCUGCCUCCAUCCUAUGUGUUUGUGGCCACGGUCCGCCUCAAGGGUUCAGCCAAACAGGACAAGUUUGACCUGUUGAGGAUCCUUUCUAAAGAUGGCGUCACCCAGGCAGCAGUGACACUGAACGGAGCGGACAAGUCUGUCACUUUCACGACCACCAGCACCACCAAUGAGGAGCAGCUGGUCACCUUUAAUGUGCAGGGCAUUGGGAGUUUCUUUGAUGAAGGCUGGCACCAGCUGAAGCUGCUCGUGAGGCCCCGGCAAGUAACCGGUUUCCUGGACGAUGAGGAGAUCCAGGAAGUGGCGCUACUGGAGCCGGUGGAGCCAAUCUACAUCAACGGCAAGACGCAGGUCGCCAAGAAGUUUGGGGCGGAGACCACAGUCCCUGUGGAGAUACAGAAACUGCGCCUUUAUUGUGACCCUCAUCAAAGCGAGAGAGAGACAGCCUGUGAAAUCUACUCUGUGGAUGAUGAGAGGUGUCCCCUGGAUCGUGAGCCCACAGUGGAGGAAGUGGAGUGUGACUGUGCUAAUGGCAGCCCAGGACCACCUGGCCCUCCUGGACCUAUGGGUCUCCGAGGCGAGAUAGGAAGAGCAGGACCACCAGGCCCUGACGGUAAGCCUGGAACCCAGGGUGAGCCUGGUGGGUCUGGAGAACCUGGGUUUCCUGGCGAGACGGGUGAAUUGGGCCAACUAGGACCCAGCGGGGCUCCAGGUCUGACAGGUGGCAAAGGCGAGAGAGGGGAUCCAGGACUGCCGGGGAAACCGGGCCCGCCAGGACCAAAGGGUCCUGCGACCUCACAAUUAAACCUGGGCUCUGUUGGAAUUCCAGGGAAAAAGGGACUUCCGGGUGAGAGGGGACAAACCGGACCUCCGGGUGAGAUUGGACCAAUGGGGGGACCAGGAGUGCAGGGCAAAGAUGGAAUGAUUGGGCCGGUGGGACCAAAGGGAGACAAAGGAGAUAUUGGAAUGUCUGGUGCUGAUGAACAACAGGGGGUACCGGGGAUCCGGGGGCUUCCUGGAGGGGCGGGGCCAACAGGACCUCAGGGAGAGAGAGGAGCACUUGGGCAGAAGGGAUCAACAGGUCCAAAAGGUCCACAGGGAAUUCAAGGCCCCCAGGGAGACCCUGGAGCCAGUGGACGCGAUGGCCCAAAGGGAAGCGAGGGGGAGCGAGGUUCCGAUGGCUCUCCAGGAAUGCCAGGCCAAAAGGGCACACCAGGAGAGGCAGGCUUCCUUGGGUCCCCGGGCACUAAUGGCCUACCUGGGUUCAAAGGUCCUAAGGGAGAAACUGGAGAGGCGGGUCCCCGAGGAAGUCAGGGCGAACGAGGCACCGAUGGGGCCCUUGGGAACCCUGGCUUACCAGGUGUAGCUGGACCCAGGGGAGGCAAAGGACAGAAAGGCAUCACGGGGGAUAUCGGUGUCAGAGGCACCGAUGGGAAGAAAGGGGGCAUGGGACACGUGGGGGCAGCUGGCCCACGGGGAUCUCCCGGCGAGGACGGGUUGCCUGGGCAACCGGGAACGCCAGGCUACCCUGGGAAGCCUGGGAAGCCUCCCUCUGACGACCACAUGAUGAAGCUCUGCGGCGAUGUGUUGCGGAAUCAGCUCACCCAGCUGCUGCAGACACUAUCCCCUCUCAGUAGAUGUGAGCCGUGUGAGACGGUGAAGGGACCCCCGGGACAGCCUGGAGCACCAGGACUCAAAGGUUCCUCAGGAACACCGGGCUAUCCCGGUAGAAUCGGCUCACCGGGAUAUCCAGGAACCCCCGGCAUGCAGGGGCCCCAGGGAGUCAAAGGUGACACUGGACCAAGAGGACUCAAAGGCACCAAAGGAGAGGGCCGUCCAGGGUCACCAGGCCCUACUGGACAGUCAGGAGUUCAGGGGCCUCGCGGAUCGGAUGGCAUCGGACGCCCGGGCACUCAGGGGAUGCCUGGGAAGUCAGGAAGUCCCGGAAUGCCAGGGAAACAAGGGUCAUCAGGACUACCAGGAGUGUGUGACAUGUCUUCUUGCUACCAGGCCUACAACCUCAGGAAUGACCCCUACAGCAAAGGGCCCAACUUCUGAGAGGAAGGGGCCCCUAGAGGGGAGGACGGGUUUCAAUGUGGGGGUCAAGAUGCAACGUCAUACAGUACUUUAAGACAGUGAAAUCAAAUCUUUUCGGCAAAGGGGAGUGUUUAGCUGCAGGCUUUUGCUCCAGUCAUACACUAACACACCUGAAAAUCGAAUAAAGGUCUGCACCCACACUGGCUCUUUGCAGAUAAGAUUGGACACCAAUGCUUAAAAACCAUCUCCUCGGGGACACCCAGACAUUUCACAUAUUUGUUCUAGCCCUGAACUGGCACACCUGAUUCCGUUAGUAAAGGGCUUGGUGAUAAUUGACUAAUUGAAUCAGGUGUGCCAGUUUAGGGAUACAACAAAUAUGUAAAAAGACCUAUGGUCCCUGAGGAGAGGGUUGGGAAACCCUGUUUUAAGGCAUAUGGGUGUCCACUUUGCUGUUCAGUAGAAAUAUUUGUCCCGAUUAACUGAAACUAGGUCUACGUAUUUUGAGACAUAUUCUUGGUUUCAUAUACUGUAUGUUUGUAGGUUUCAGGAUAAAUGAUAGAAACCAUAUGUUUUGGACUUUUAAUGGUGAUUGUCCAAAGAGAAUCAUCAUAGUCCUUGGUACUGUAACACUACCUCCUUGCUGGACACAAGGCAUUACAUAUAAGUACACCAGUGAAAAAUGUUUUGUAAAACCAGGGUAUGAAACAUAUUUAAAAAAUGUUAUACCAUAGGAUGUUGUUGUCAAGCCCUCCAUAUGUAAAUAUUUUACAGCAUGUCAAAAUGUAAAUAUGUUGCAGGCUGAGGUAAACACAGAUUAACUGCUAAUUAGUACAAUAACAGGCUACCUGGAUUCAACCACAGAAUGUGCUAAUAUAGUAAGUGCCUGGUGCAUUUUUACAAGACAGCAUUGUGAGAAUUUCGGCUUAAAAUGUAUCCCAACUACGAAAACUGUACUGUAGAUAAUAUAUUAAUUCACCUUGUGCCUUUAUAAACCCAUACCAUAAAUUAAAUUAAACCUCAGGAACUGCUUCAAAUGUGUUUUGCAUAUCUUUGUUAAAAAAUGUUCUUUGUUUGAUGUAGCCAAAUGAUUCAUAUUGCAUUGUCCAUAUUUCAUGUAAAUUAUUUAAAUUUUUACUUUAAAUAUCAUACUAUACUUUAUUAAAAUACUACAGUAUACCUCCUGAUGUAACUACAGGAGCUACAUGAUGUGCUAUACCUCCUUAUUUAACUACCGGGGCUAGAUGAUGUGCUAUACCUCCUGAUGUAACUACAGGAGCUACAUGAUGUGCUAUACCUCCUGAUUUAUCUACAGGGGCUAGAUGAUGUGCUAUACCUCCUGAUGUAACUACAGGAGCUACAUGAUGUGCUAUACCUCCUUAUUUAACUACAUGAUGUGCUAUACCUCCUUAUUUAACUACAGGAGCUACAUGAUGUGCUAUACCUCCUUAUUUAACUACAGGAGCUACAUGAUGUGCUAUACCUCCUUAUUUAACUACAGGAGCUACAUGAUGUGCUAUACAUCCUGAUUUAUCUACAGGGGCUAGAUGAUGUGCUAUACCUCCUGAUGUAACACCAGGGGCUACAUGAUGUGCUAUACCUCCUUAUUUAACUACAGGGGCUACAUGAUGUGCCAUGGGAGAUGACAGACGCUGACAUGUGUAUGAAUGGUUAAGCUGUUUUGUUUUUGUUUUUUCACAUUUAAAAUAUUGUAAUAUAUUUUCAGAUGCUUUUAUGUAUUUUAUGAUAUCCAUCUUUUACAUCAACUGUUAUGUGGUUAUAUGGUUGGACUGUACUGUAUAUGGGUGAUUCUGCAUGAUUGGUGCAAAAAAACAUCUAAGUAUCCAAACUUAGGACAUGUAUUUACUUCAUGAUAUGUUCUCAUACAAUCCAAGGCAAUAACAAACAUACAGUUACAUUUAAUAUAGUACAACGUCAUUGUUUAUACAGCUAAUCAUAUUCAGAGGUGGCUGGCUCAAAUCUUGACUCCUAAACUUCAUGUUUGAAAAUAAAGCAAAUCAUGAUUUUUGUAA